AUGUCGAAGCGAGGGCGUGGAGGUACGUCUGGUAACAAGUUCAGGAUGUCGCUGGGUCUUCCGGUGGCGGCGACGGUGAACUGUGCUGAUAACACCGGUGCGAAGAAUCUUUACAUCAUUUCGGUGAAAGGAAUCAAAGGUCGUCUUAAUCGAUUACCUUCUGCUUGCGUCGGCGACAUGGUUAUGGCCACCGUCAAAAAGGGUAAACCAGAUCUCCGGAAAAAGGUUCUUCCUGCUGUGAUCGUUAGGCAGAGGAAGCCAUGGCGCCGAAAGGAUGGCGUUUUCAUGUACUUCGAAGAUAAUGCUGGAGUCAUUGUCAACCCCAAGGGAGAAAUGAAAGGUUCUGCAAUCACCGGUCCCAUUGGGAAAGAGUGCGCUGAUCUCUGGCCAAGGAUUGCUAGUGCUGCCAAUGCUAUUGUUUGA